AUGCUCCUCAACACGGCGCUGUUCUAUAUGAUGCUCACGGAGGCCGCCAUCUGCCUCGUGCUGAGCCUCCCGGUCGGCCAGUGGCUGUCGCACGCCGCCGUGUCGUUCCUCAUGCGCGCCAUCGGGCGCAGAGACUCACUGGCCAACACCGUCGCGACGGUCGUCCUCGCGCUCGUCUCUCUGCUGUUCCUCUCCGACGUGUCGACCGUCUACAAACACCACUCGUCGGACGAAGUGCUGGGCGACGGCCUGCGCGUCCGCCUGCUCACGGCGCAGCGCGACGUGUACAUCACGGGCUUCUGCCUCUUUCUCUUUCUGCUGCUGCGGCUCGUGUACAUUGCGCUGGCGACGAACCUCCGCCUGGAAAAGAGUCUCGAGGCCAUGACGAAGCAGGCGGAGGGAGCGGCCAGUGGUUACACGUCGCUCCUCGAGGAUAACGAGCGCCUGACGAAGCAGACGCACAAGUUGCAUGCGCUGUUGGACGACGGCAGUGGCAGUGACGACGCUAAGGGAUCCAAAGUGGACGUUCUGGCGCGCCUGGUGCAGGAGAAUGCCGACCUCGAGGAGCAGGCGGAAGGACAGGGUGCGGCCUUCAUGACGCUGCUGGAGGAGAAGCAGAUGCUGGACAAGCAGCUCGAGACGGCCGCGUCUCAGCGCAGCCAACUCGAGCGCCAGCGCGAAGAGAUCGCGACGCUGACGGCCGAGCGGGACGCGUUGAAGAGCCAGAUCCACGACUACGACUUUAUGUUUCCCGAGGCCAAGAAGAAGGCCGAGUGA